AUGACUCGCCUAUUGCAUCUGUCUCUGAGAUUCUGUCUGGCUGCAGCCGCCCUCAACAACCCUUGCCUAACGAGACACCCUUGGAAGCUCCGGAGAGAGGCAUUGGAGGCCGAUGAACGGUACAAGGUUGCCAUUCGAAUCUCGACCAAAUCCGCUGCCUUCUGGAAGAAGAAGUCAUCCGCCAGCUCCAAGUACAUGGAACAGUGCGAGUUGGACCGCCUCGAGGCCAUUAAAGCUAUGGUUCUUGACUUCUCGGGCGCGAUCAGUAAUCCCCUCGGUGACUUGAGAUACCUGCUGGAGAACUACCGCACUGGUGGAUUCGUACCUAAGAUCCAAGCAUACGAAAACUACUAUGGCUCCGUUGAAGAACAAACUUCGGUGUCGACCUUGAAGCUAGAGCCCGUGCCGACCGCAAACGUGUUCCCAUCCUGGUGA